GCCCUUGGUAUCAACAAUGAAACCAAUUAGGUCUAUAACUUUAUUCCAAAUCCAAAUAGAAAAGUUGAGACUGAAUCACAUUCAAACUAAAUAAAUACUCAAAUAAAUGAUAUAAAAUGGUAUUUUGAAUAACAAUAUUUUCUGAAUUUUAUCAGAAUUUGAACGAAUAUACAAAAAAAUAAAAAACGUGAAAAUCUUGAAAACUCAUGAAAAUUUUCAGUACGAAAUUCUGAAUUAAUAAUAAAAAUAAAUACUAAAAACUUAAAUAAAUACUUCAAACACUUAAUUCUAUAUUUAUUUUAAUCCGAUUUUAAAAUAUUUGAAUCCAAAUUAUCGUAAAAUAUAUCAAACCAAAAAAAUCUAUUCAAACUAUAUUAUUAUUUACAAAUCGACAUCGAUAUUUAUAAAACUCUAGUAUAGUUAAGAAAAUGAAUUCAUUUAUUACAAAAAAAUAGGAUCCAAAAGAUAUUCGAAAGCCAAACACUAAUAGUAAUAUCAAUCCACUGAAUAGGUAAAAAAUCACUGAAAAUACACAUGUCUAAUUCACGAAGUCAAUAUGUUUACCACUCUUUUCAUGCACCACUCAAGCUACACGUUUUCUUAAUUGUUAGUUCUUGUACAGUGGGUAGCUUUCUUAAUAAUCUGAUGAGACUUUCGUAACUUAAAAGAUGAUAUGUCCAUUCGUUACUGUUAUCAUCAUAAUGUAUGUAAAAGAAAAUCGAAACAAAAUUCCAACUACACUAUAUACAUUAUUUGCAGUGAAUUAUAAAUUAUUGAUUUUGGAUCAUUAACAGAUAACACAAAAUUUAGUGUAUAUAAAAUAAAAUGGAAACAAAAUUCAAAUACAAAAAGUAUUUGGGUUGAAUUUUAGAUAGUUGAUUUAGAUUCGAUGUAUUACUUUUAAUCAGUUUUCGUUUAAAGAAUCCACUCAUAUCUAUUAAAAGAAUCCUAAUUACAGUUAUAUUCAAUUCCAUUAAACUUCCCAAACCAGUAACACCCCCUAAAACAAAAAGGCAAAUGGUGGAGUUGAAAUUGUAGCCAUUUUACUUGCCGAGAUUAACGAUACUUUCUUGCGAACUACGGUUAGUGUAGUGUUUCAGUUACAAAUGAGCCGAGACAUAAAAAGCCUCAAAUAACAACCUUCCGCCUUCUUUCUCUCUCCCUCUCUACCACUUAUUGUUAAUCAGAAUCUCUCUUCUCUUCUCCAAGAACUCACGACUCAGAUCGAACAAUUCUUCAAGAAAAGAUCGCAGAGAAUGGAAGAUCUUCCUCUUCCAGGCGGUUGUAAGAGCAUGGAGGAGUUCUCGGCAUACAUUCAUCACAGAAUCAAAGAAUGCAUGAAAGACUAUAAGAGCAAGGAAGAAACUAUGCAACAUCUAACGGAUCAGUUUCAAAUCCCACAUGUCAUGACCAGCAUAGUUUGGGAUCUUCUUGAAGCAAAGUAUCCAGAGAGUUUCAGAUCCCACUAUAAAUCUUGCGAGACUUAUCGGAAGAUCCGUGAAGCUUCAAGAAUAGAGAGCUACAAACUUAUACCGAGGUUUUUCAGGGAUAAAAGAGAGAAAGAUCAACACCGUCGCUCUAAUAUCCAGAGAGACGAUGAUGAUGAUGCAACAUCACAAGCACCUCAAGGUUCUAACGGUGGUGAUGCCUUCGUCCCUAGAGGUUUUAAGAGCGUGGAGGAGUUCUCAUAUUACGUUCAUGGAAGGAUCAUGGAGUGUAUGCGUGAUUACAAGAGCAAGGAAGAAACUGUAAAACAUCUAUCGGAUCUGUAUCGGAUCCCACCUGAAUCGACCAAAACAGUUUGGGAUCGUCUUGAACAAGGCUAUCAAGAUAACUUCAGAUCCUACUAUGAAGCUUGCGAGAAUAAGCGGAAGUUACGUGAACAAGAAGCACCAAUAACGGCUACUGCUCAGAUCACAACCGAAACUAGAUCUUGUAAGUCUUCUGAGAGAGAGAGAGUUAAACAGGAUAAGGCAGCUUCGACAUCAGUGGUCAGUAAGACACUCAUACUGAGGAGCUUAAAUGAUAUAAAUGUGAAAAAGCAAGAGCAACAACGUACAUGUCCUCCUCCUGAUCAAAGCUUAAUGGAGACUGCCCCAGCAUCACGAGUCUCUCGUUUGGGACCAGAUGCUAAUGGAGUGAUGCACAUGAAUUUGGAGGACCUUCUUCUUCUGCUGAAUCGCUCAAGAGACGGUGCAUAGAUAAGGAGCAAGUGAGAGGUGACAACGAAGAAGCAUGAUCAGAAUCAAUAACUGCUAGAAAACAUAUUAAAUGAUCGAGAAAGAUAUGAGAUUCUCACAUUAGACAUAUGUUCCUUUGAUGCUUUCCUUUUAUCAUAUAGCUAAACAGUUAUUUCAGUCUAUCAAAUCUCAAUCCAUGUUAUUGUGUUGCAAAAUACAGCAGAACAUGUUAAAGAACAUAUAUUCCUAUGA